UAGGAGGUCUGACGGUGACUGCACGUCCUAUUCUGCAGCACUCCAGUAAACUCGAGUGCCACAGAAAUACACUUUGGCACAACUGAUGGACGCGGCAUUAAGCACAACAGCUUGUUUGCUACUGUAAGGCACAAACUAAAGCGAUCCGUCAGCAAUUAUCAACGUCGAGGCUGAUGAGCGAGGCUCGCUUCCCUGCAAAAAAGCAGAGGUGCGUAGAAUGCUGUACGCGCGUCUUGAAUGCAGAGCUGGAUGCGCUGUCCCAGGUCCUGUAGGCAACCCAGACCCCCGAUGUCGCGUUUCUGCGGCAACUACGGAGUUUAGACUUGACACCGUUCCUGCAAGGGGAUAGCCAACGCCAAGAGCAAGGCAGCAUUAGACAGUCGUGAAUGUUUUACAAAUACACGGCGAUCUAGCUGUUCACACAACCAAGAGUAAAUGGGAUUCAACGUCCUCCGAACAGAAUGUAAAGAUUUAUUUGAAGGAUGGAGGAAAACGGGUUCAACGCUGCGUUACUGUUUCUUGGCUAUCUUUCUGUGUCAUCAGUUGAUGCCGACACCCUGUCCGCCCCACUCAAUGUGACCAUCGAGUUUAAGGGUGUGAACUCGGCUUUGGUGAAAUGGGACAUCUUUGAAGGGGACCCUGUUAUUGGGUUUGCCAUCACCCAGCAGAAGAAGGACAUGCGCAUGCUCCGCUUCAUCCAGGAAGUCAACACCACCACUCGCUCGUGUGCUCUGUGGGAUCUGGAGGAGGACACCGAGUACAUCGUCCACGUGCAGUCCAUCAGCAUGAGCGGGACCAGCCCACCCAGUGAGACCGUGCUGUUCCGCACGCCCAAGGAAUCGGAGAAACUGGCCUCCAAAAGCCCAGAUGAGGUGACGAUGGAGGAGGUGGACCAGGCAGCUCAGCUGAGGGCUGGAGAGCUCAUCAUCAUCGUCGUCGUGCUGGUUAUGUGGGCAGGUGUGAUUGCUCUCUUCUGCCGUCAGUAUGACAUCAUCAAAGACAAUGAGCCCAACAACAACAAGGACAAAGCCAAGAACUCGUCGGAGUGCAGUACCCCAGAGCACCCAACAGGGGGACUGCUGCGCAGCAAGGUCUAAUACAGCCCCCCUUUCCCGGCAAUAACAGGCAUCAGCCUCAGGAAAGAACCUUGACAUGUUAGAAAGCCAUGAAAUGACAUCACCACCCCAUCUUAUGACAGACUUCCCCGCUUCAUCUUAAAGACUCCUUCGAGACGCCCUUAGAAGAUCAAAACAGACCCCCCUUUGGUGCUUUUCUAUUCAGUCUCUAUACCAUGUAAGCACAGCGGAAACGAGUGACACUUGGGACUCACAAGGACUUGGAGACCUACACAAGACGGGUGGUCAAGUGGUCUAAGGGAUGUCAUGCUGGAGGUUGGGUGGGUCGAUCUGUAAUGGCCACCCGGCGGUGACGAGUGACGGUCACUGCAGGAGCACGUUAAGGAAUCGGAAAAACCUUGGCAACCCGAAACAGCAGCAGCAGCAGCAGCUCCCUCUCGCACAAGCUAGCCAGCCAGCCUCACCAGGGAGAUAAGGCUGAGGAAUGGGCCAUCCUCUGAUAGAGGUGGGCUUUGGAGGAACUAGAAAGGUACUUUUACUGAGGAGUGGAAUGAGAAGAGGAGAGGAAAGGAGAGGGGAAGAGAGAAGGGGGGACAAAAAAAGAAAGAAAAAGAUUUGUUGUUCUGUCCCCUUUCUGCUUUUUACCCUUAUCAGUCCGAGAACAGAAUUAGAGCUCUGGCCAGAGUAAUACUGCUAAAGCCACGACUGAUGAUAAAUAUAUACAUUCCAUUUAUCUAUCUACCUAGCUCAGUCUACUGAUACUUUACUUGUCUCUGUUUUAUAUUUAUGUCUCCCUUUUAACCAUCUCCUUUUUUACCAUCAACCAAAACUAUCUUGGUUGCUGUACCCUUUACUUAUCCUCCUCCUCCCCCAACUAUUUUCCCCAUGGAUCCUCAAGCACCUUUGUUUAUUGGUGCAGUGGGAUCCCCUCCCUAAACACCCUCUAGCUCUCAGGGCACUCAAGCACUGUCCGGAGACACAACAAACAACAACAACAACAACAACAACAAGAGUCACGAGCACCGCGUCAGCUCUCAGCCUGUGUAAAUGGGGCUGCAUUGUUCGGACCAACAAGGACAGGUCACAUAUACACGACACAUUCAUAUAACUUGCAGAGUAUCUAUUUAGUCACUUGUGUAUCUCAAGUAAGGUUGCUGUCUAAAAUGAGCACAUUUACUGUACAAUAUUUAGACUGAAUGUUGGUCCUCAUUAUUCGUCAUAGUGUGGGUACUACUAUCGUUUCGUUUCUGCUAUUCUGUCUGGCUUUGAGCUAUUUUAGAUCGCAUCCCUUUAUGAGCAGUUUGAGGCCGAGACUGUUGGCUUUCUGUCAACCUGUGGUGACAAGCGAGUCAAUGGAAGUUCUGCUGAGCUCACCGGUCUCAUGAGAGGUAUUUUCAUUCAGUGGCGUUCGCAGCAGGAACAAGGGAAAGGCUCGGGAUAUUCAGAGUUUAUCAGAGCAGUCAGCGGGGCAGGCAUACUCAUCAAUCUCCCUUGUGAGGGCUAGAGCUGACUAGACUGGAAGAAAAGAGUAAAGUCGUCAGUAAUGAUGAGCUGUGGAAGAGCUAAGCAGUGUGUGGGGAUAGUAAUCCACUGGUGUGUGACACAUCCUGUCUAUUCAGGGGCUGAAUUGAGUUGUAUAUGAACUAAUAGGCUAUAUGUGGUUGCAUUUGGGUCGCUGUAUUUAUUGACGAUCUAUAAGAUGUUUUUUGUUGCAAAUUAUACCAAAAUCGCAAUUGGCAUUACAACAUUCUUAUUGUUAUUCCUUCUUAACUUCUUCGGGCUAAGGCUUCUGGAAGCCUGAAGAACUGUAUGGUGAUGUUUUGAAAUUUGGCACACAGAUUGUCUUGUCAACAAGUUUCGUGGUUGCACCUCUAGCAUGAGUCUUUUCAACAAGUUUCAUGGUUGCACCUCUAGCACCACCAAUGGGUCAGAGUGGGAGGCAUGUUUAUGCAUGUAACUCGUCAAAAAUGAGAUACUAUUGAACUCAUGGAUGUAGCCCUGUUCAAAGCCUUUUUCAAGAGCAAUUUCAACCAUACUAAAUUUGGCACAGAAGAUCGUCAGACAACGUCUGACAAAAAUUAUGAGAUGGAUGGUUGAUUUCUAAGUGUCGACAUUACUAACACACAGGGAGUGAACUCUGUAGCCAAUCUUCAGUCAUUUGAUAUAAAACAUGAAACUCAUAACUUGGCCAAUCUUUGGUAAUUUGAUAUAAUGUGAGCACUUACAGGCACACCCAUCACAUGACAUCCAGUUGCCCUGACAACUACCCCAUCAUCACUGCUUUCAGCCAUAUUUCAAAAACAAUUUGGGAAUGAGGAAGUGGCCUAUAAAGUAAAACCAUGACUAUCUAGAUAACAUUAUACUUCAAAUAUCAUUAAUAUGAAGUUACAACAUUUUUUAUUUUUUUCUAAAUGAUAGCAAUUUCUAAUAUUUUCUAUAGCCCCUGGCAUGCUAUUGGAAGAUGUGAUCUCUGAUCAAGGUAGAUUAGAGGUAAACUUAUUUAGGUGUGGAGAUAAGCAUUGUGACAUCAAUAAAUGUGGUCACUGUAGAUCCCUAACCAAAAGCACAAGGAAUUUAACAUCAUAUCCAGUGUGAAAAACUCUGUUUUUAAACAGUGAGGAGCUAGUUUGUUUCCGAUUAAAUUGCUUUCCAAAUUUUUUUUGGAGAUCUUGCUCUGGGUUUUGUCCUUCAACACAAAGUCUGUGCUAAUAAGCACAUGCACUAUCCUUUUUCAACAAGGUCGAACUCUAAUGGGAGGUCAGACCUAUGCGAGUUUGAGGUCAACCCUACAGGGAGCACCUAGCCAACAACAUGUAUUCCUUUCGCCACCUGCCUUGGAUUGAUGACUCUGUUAAUCAAGUCCGUUGAAGGGUACCUGAAGGAAUCCUAGAUCAAUUAAACAUGUCCCAGUCCAAACUUGCUACUAUUACUCCCUAGUUGCCAUUGCCAUAGCGACACGGUCAGGUAUUCCCCCCCCC